CUUUUUUUUCUUUGAUUAGUGUCUGAAUUAGAGGCAGCAUUUAAGAUGUCUGAAAAUGAUUUUAAAACAGCAUUCAAUCGUGACAAACCAACCGAAGAGACAGUGUUAAUCUUCUCAUGUCAAGCAGGUGGCCGGGCACAACGUGCCACUGACUUAGCACAAUCUCAUGGUUUCAAAAACGCUAAAGCUUAUGCUGGUUCAUGGACUGAAUGGGCGGAAAAAGAGAACCUAUCUUAAAAUUGUAUAAUAUAUUUAUAUAUAUUAUAUUGACUAAUAU